UACCUUUUGUAAGAAAAUAUCAUCUAAUCCCUUGAGUAAUAACCGGAGUUUUUCUUCAGGUACUACACAUAUUUUUGGUAUUGUCCGUUUUUACAAAUAUAUCACUUGCAAGUGAAGGAAGGGAAAAAAUAACCGCCAAUGGAAAUACGGAGAAAGAUGAUCGUGAUACAUUGGUAGCAUCUGAAUCAAAAGAUGGACAAAUUGAAAUUGUGAAAAGGAUAAAGGAGGUGAACGAGGACGGUUCGUAUACGAUAGGAUAUGAAGCUAAUGACGGAUCUUUCAAGAUAGAGAGCAGAGACCUAUUAGGAAGAAUUCGAGGCACGUACGGUUACAUCGAUGAAAACGGACGCGUGCGCAGAGUGACGUACGAUAGCGACAACAAACUUGCUGCUACUGCUAAUCUAACGAAGUCCGACGGAGAAGAGAAAAACGAUACUACUGACGCAACGGUUUCGAAUAAAAUAUCACCAGCUGUCGUAGUACAAAGGAUACCGAGAAAACUGAGACGCAACGAUACGAUCAGCAAUAGUACCAUAACUGCAAAUAGUACCACCACUAUAAGAAGACCAACGUAUAUAUUUUCAUCGACUGUCACAGCACCAACUAGCACCGCCAAUACGGUCGUACAGAGUAUACCCAGAAAAAGGACUGCUAGUGUGACUCCUAGAUCUACCACUGUCGAGCCAAAUUAUCAGCAGGUAGCAACUUAUUCUUCAUCUACUCCAACGGUGCUUCAAGGAGAUCAUCAACUGGCUCGGCCUCCCCAAAAUGAUCAGCAGCCGCAAGUCACUGUCAAGCCUGUUGCUCUUCCGCUAUCGGUCUCUACUAUAUCGACAAACGAUGAACAUGAUUCUAAUAUCUUGAGAAGGGAGAGAGGAGAACAUCAUACCAAUAGCUAUGACAUCAAAGAGCACGUGUAUCGGCUGCGACAGUCAUUCGGUCACGACGCUUCUGACGUAUACAGCGCCGGCUCUAUGACCACCGGAACUCCAAGACCUCCUCUCUUCACCACCACUAUCCGACCUGGCAUUCACGGUCUGGUUACGGAACAAUCAGCUAGGAUAAACUCCAGACAGGACAACCCAGUUUCUACGACGCUGAGACCCGUCAAGGUCUAUAGACCAGCUCAAUUAUUGCCGGCACACAACAACGUGGCUUACGCAUCGCAAAAUAACGACGAUCCAACUCCGUCGCAGUCGACUGCAACUCCGAUACCAGCGGCUGUAAAUAGAGAGCCUCUGGUAGCGGUAAGACAACCGGAUGGUAGAAACGCUGUUCUCAUACCACUCAGCCAUCUGCAGGCCGGAUACGUGCCGAUAUUGGGAAUGUAUCCGCAACACGAGAGGCAAUACGAAGGAAGCCCGAACAGACAACCUGCUGUUGUGGAGGUCGAACAACAACAGGCAGUAGUGAGAAGGCUGCAAGUCCCUGUAGCUCCCCCACUGCCCGUUCGGGUUGACCAGGAUGGACAUAUCAGAGAGGCUACUAGUAGGCAACCUCCUCCUCAAUACAUCACGCCGGUGGCACCAACAUUCAUAACUACCUCCAGGUACGAGUCGAUGCCGGUUGACGAGGACGUCGACAAUAUCCGCCCUCCGGUGAGUACAAGAGAUCUACAGCGACUCCUAGAACAGCUGAUACAAAGGCAGAGCCGCCUGGAAAGGAUUGUCACGCUUACUCGAAGAGCGCCGCCACCUCAACCUCACCAGUGGGAACAACACAGAUUCAAGCAAUAUAGAAUGCUGUAUCCGGCACCCCAAUUCAGCAAUAUCCAUAAGGAUCCGGUGACGGAUGCUUAUCAGCAGCCAGAGUACGUUCCAGAACUGGAUUCUGUUCGUCCGGUGAGACGUUUUGCUCGUCAAAAGCAAAUUUAUCCCAAGGAUAAAGAGAAUUUGAACCAGCAGUACCUGCCUUCCGAUGUCAGGGAGAUGCUUUUAUUGAAAAUGCUACAACUUGCCAUCAACCCAGCGCUGCCUCUCACGGAGGAGGACGUGCAGGAAAUUGAAGAGAAACGUAAAGGUGUAGGUGGAGCUAGAAAUGUAGAAAUUUUAGGGGAAGAAGAUCCAGAGGAUGAUAGGGUGAAGAUUGGGCAAAGAUUUACUAACUGAAUAUGAGGAAGAUCUGGAUUUAAAUGGAGGAUAUUUUACCAAAGAAUUAGUUUAUAAUUUAUUUAUUCAUGUUUAUGAUGAAAUUACUGAAGAAACCCAUUAUUACAAAAUAAAUUACAAUAUUUAUAAAAAAUGGGAUAAGAAACAAGAGCUGUAACCUGAAAAGUCC